AGUUGGGUUUUUGAGGUCGACUGACGUGACGCAUGCUCUGUACGGUGGAUGUAAACAUUGGAGCUGCCCUUUUGUUGGCACGAGCUGGCUGUAGAUUUGUGUACACGUAUUCGGCUCAAUGGGUGGUUGGACGUGGAGCUGUUGCCUGGUGGAAUCAGCUAGCAAACUCGACCUGAAAAAUAAAUCAGAAACCAGGCUAUUGAACUCGUUUAAAUUCAAUUGCGCAAGACUGUGCAGUUGUACAUUGGUCAAUGGAAAGUUAAUAUUUAUCUAUCUGGACUGAAAACGCGACUAGGCACGGUGGCGACUGACAAGGUUGCAGGCAAGCUGAGUUCUACUCUCUCAUGGGUGAAGAAUUCCAUGUCACACACGGUCAGUCAGAUGGCUAGCCAGGUGGCCACCUCGUCUAGCCAGGUGGCAACGGUGCCCUCGUCCCUGCAGACCACCACAGCCACCUCCUCCUCCCCGUCCCCCACGUCGGCAUCGCCCGCUAAGCUCAGCCCAGAUGAACUGGAGCUGCUCGCCAAGCUGGAGGAGCAGAACAGGUUGCUGGAGACGGACAGUAAGUCACUCCGCUCUGUGAACGGCUCCAGGAGGAACAGCGUCUCCAGCCUGGUGUCCAGCUCCUCUGCCUCCUCCAACCUGUCUCACCUGGAGGAGGACUCUUGGAUUCUCUGGGGACGCAUCGUUAACGAGUGGGAGGACAUCCGCAAGAAGAAUGAGAAGCAGCUCAAGGAUCUGGUCAGAAAAGGGAUCCCCCAUCACUUCCGAGCGAUAGUAUGGCAGUUGCUAUGCAACGCCCAGAACAUGCCUAUCAAAGACCAGUACUCUGAGCUGCUGAAGAUGACAUCACCAUGUGAGAAGCUGAUUCGCCGGGACAUCGCCCGGACGUAUCCUGAGCAUGACUUCUUUAAGGAGGACAGCUUGGGACAGGAAGUACUCUUCAAUGUUAUGAAGGCCUACUCUCUGGUGGACCGGGAGGUCGGCUACUGUCAGGGAAGUGCUUUCAUCGUCGGACUGCUGCUCAUGCAGAUGCCAGAAGAGGAGGCGUUCUGUGUGUUUGUGAAACUGAUGCAGGACUAUAGACUGAGAGAACUGUUCAAGCCCAGUAUGGCUGAGCUGGGACUCUGCAUGUACCAGUUUGAGUGUAUGAUCCAGGAACUUCUCCCAGACCUCCAUGUCCACUUCCAGGCCCAGAGUUUCCACACCUCUAUGUAUGCUUCUUCCUGGUUCCUCACGAUCUUCCUCACCUCAUUCCCUCUCCCUGUUGCCACCAGGAUCUUUGAUAUCUUCAUGUUAGAGGGUCUAGAGAUAGUGUUCCGUGUGGGGCUGGCCAUCCUACAGAUGAACCAGGCAGAACUCAUACAGCUCGAUAUGGAGGGAAUGUUACAGUACUUUCAGAGGGUAAUUCCCCACCAGCUGGAAAGUGGACCAGACAAGGUCAUCCUGGCUGCUUAUAACGUCAAGUACAAUGCCAAGAAGAUGAAGAAGUUAGAAAGGGAAUACACUGCAAUCAAAACUAAGGAGAUGGAGGAGCAGGUGGAGAUUAAGAGGUUGCGCACAGAGAACAGACUGCUGAAACAGAGGAUAGACACACUGGAGAAAGAAAGUGCUUCCUUGGCAGAUAGAUUGAUCCAGGGACAAGUGACACGUGCCCAGGAGGCAGAGGAGACCUACCUGGUCAUGCGGGAGCUGGCCACGGUCAGGCAGCAGAGCGGAGAGGCCACAGCUCAGCUGGAGCUAGCACAGAGCACCAUCAGGGAACUCCAGCAGAGACCCCUAUUGAAGGGCAACCCGCUCUACACAAAGGAGUCCAUCCUGCAGUUGGAGAGAGAGCUGGUUCAGGCCAGGCUAAAGGAGGCUGAGUCCCAGUGUGCCCUCAAGGAGAUGCAAGACAAGAUCCUGGACAUAGAGAAGAGGAACACGUCCCUGCCAGAUGACACCAACGUGGUGCGGUUGCAGGAGGAGCUGAUAGCAGUGAAGCUGAGAGAGGCUGAAGCUGUGAUGGGGCUGAAGGAACUCAGACAACAGGUCAGAGACCUGGAGGAGCACUGGCAGCGUCACCUGGCGCGUACGGCGGGCCGCUGGAAGGACAGCCCUAGGAAGAAUGCUGUGUCUGAGCUACAGGACGAGCUGAUGAGUGUCAGGCUACGGGAGGCUGAGGCCCAGGCAGAACUCAGAGAGACUCGUCAGAGGAUGAUGGAGCUGGAGACACAGAACCAGAUCCAUAGCAACCAGCUGCGUCGGGCGGAGCAGGAGGGGCGGGGCUUUCAGGAGCGUGUGACUGUGCUGACGGCCCAGAAUAAGGGCCUACACGUUCAGCUGCAGGAGAUCAAACGCAAACAGGCGGAGAUUGAGUGCAAGAACAAGGAGGAGGUGAUGGCGGUGAGGCUGAGAGAGGCUGACAACAUCGCUGCCAUGGCCGAGCUGCAGCAACAGAUCUCUGAACUGGAGAUACAGAAAGAAGAAGGGAAGGUCCAGGGCCAGCUGAACAACACCGACUCCAGUCAGUACAUCAGAGACCUGAAGGACCAGAUAGCUGAGCUAAAACAUGAGAGCCGCUGCCUAAAAGGCCAGAGGGGGAGCAACAUGUCCAAUCAGCCCGCUUUUGAUGGGAUCCACAUUGUCAAUCACUACAUACCAGACGACGAGUCGUACCACUCCUCGGACGAAGACGCAGGCGUAGGCAAGACCCCCUCCCACCUGGACCAUCAGCACAGCAGCAUCAGCCGCAUCAGGCUGCACCCCUCCCUGGGUCUUGGGGACACUGACAGUGAGGGGGAGGAUGAUGGGGAGGGUCUGGUUCUCUCUGUGCCUCCCACUGGCACCCACAAACACACCACCGUGUGACUGGGUGAUGAGCAACAUCGCUAGAUGCCUGGAGGCUGAUCAGGGCAGUUCUGAUCUGAUACAGUGGGACAGAGGGGCUGUCCAUGGUAGCAAGCCACUCCUCAGGAAAAUGGCGUCUGACUGUCUGUGGGACUCCAAUGUAGGAAGCUUCUUGGAAUGGAAGCUUAGAAUGGAAUGUGUGGUCUUUGUGACGUCGUAGCAGAAUCACACCUGUGGUGGAGUUGGUUGUUUUCUUAGUGUUUUGCAUCAGUCAGUCUGCUUUACUCUUGUUUUGCCAAAACACGCCUGAAAAGGAUCAUAUCAAUGUGUUGCUCUGGUCUGGACCCCAGGCAGGCAGAUCAGAGAAGGACAACAUGGAGGUUCAAGUAGCUUCCUGAGCUCCACGGAGCCAGGCUGACCACCAGGGGAGUGGAUGGGGGUUUACCCCAUCCAAAGUGACCACACCCAGGCAACCAAACUAUGGGCACUCCCUCAGCCCCACAACCAUCCAUGAUACAACAGACACAACAGAGACUGUGCAAUAAAAUGUUUUAUGCUUGAUGAUGA